UGUGCAUGUCGCGCGUCUUCUGGCCCGGCGGAAGGAUACACAUCACCUCACUCUCGCCCUCAGCGCCUCAUUUUACCUCAUAUUUCAAACUCCUCAUGUCUGGGCAGCCCAAAACUAGUCCCCAUGAAAGCCUUAAGGCCUAAAGUGUUUCCGUAGACAGUGUGGAGGCGGUGGAGGCUCGGGGAACUACUUUGUUUAUGGUUCAAGCUGGGAAGGCCAACCAGGAGAGGGGCGGAAUGGCUCUCUGAUCGUAUUUUGGCGCCUUUUUCCUCACUGCUGCAUGAUAAGGGGCGGGCAGGAUGGGGAAGUUACUAAGCAAGAUCUUCGGCAACAAGGAGAUCAGGAUCUUGAUGCUGGGGCUGGACGCGGCGGGCAAGACCACCAUCCUGUACAAGCUGAAGCUGGGCCACUCCGUCACCACCAUACCCACCGUGGGGUUCAACGUGGAGACCGUCGCAUACAAGAAUGUCAAAUUUAACGUCUGGGACGUGGGCGGCCAGGACAAGAUCCGGCCGCUGUGGAGGCACUACUACACAGGCACGCAGGGGCUCAUCUUCGUGGUGGACUGCGCCGACCGCGACCGCGUGGACGAGGCGCGGCAAGAGCUGCACCGCAUCAUCAACGACAGGGAGAUGAGGGACGCCAUCAUCCUGGUCUUCGCCAACAAGCAAGACCUGCCAGAUGCCAUGAAGCCACACGAGAUCCAGGAGAAGCUCGGGCUCACCAGGAUCAGGGACCGCAACUGGUACGUCCAACCGUGCUGCGCCACUACCGGGGACGGGCUGUACGAGGGCCUCACGUGGCUCACCAGCAACCACAAGUCGUGAUGACCGGGCCGCGCGCCUCCCGCCACCACCACCACCGCCACACCCGCGCCUCACCACCCCCACACACCUCCCGCUACGCCUCCAUCAUCUCCUCCGCCGCAGCCAGCGUUGUCGUAAGUCACUGACCUCCCUCGGACAACAACAGGAUAGAAAAGAAGCCUAGCCUGAGUUGGUACCACUGUUUGCGCUAUGUUUGCGGAUAAGGUUGCGAGUUGGCACUGCUGCUUGUUCCUCCGUGCCCCCAGAAAAGAGGUUGCAAGAGUUGGUACCACUGUUUGCGCCCUGUUCCCAGAUAAGGAUUCAAGUUGGUACCACUGUUUGUUCCUCACGUCCCCAGAAAAAAAGGUUGCAGGAGUUGGUACCGCUGUUUGCGCUUUUGUUCCCGGAUAAGGAUGUGAAUUGGUACCGCUGCUUGUCGCUCUCUGUCACUGGAAAAGGCUACAAGAGUUGGUACCACUGUUUGUAGGAGUUGGUACCACUGCUUGUUCUGCUACACUCUCUGUCCCUAGAAAAACAAAGCUACAAGAGUUGGUACCACUGCAAGGCUACAAGAAUUGGUACCACUGCUUGCCCCCCACCCUGCCCUGUUCCCAUUCCCAGUUCUAAGGUUGUUUGCGUUUUUUUAUUUAUUUAUUUUUUUUUUUCUGCCGAGGGUCGGAGAGGUUGUUCGUGUUGGAGGUGGGCGGACACUCUCAACUCAGGUCACCACCACCACCAUCACCACCACUGCUGCCUCUUGUCCCAGUCUGGGCAGUGUGUUAGUGUGUUCGUGCGUUAGUCGGUGGUCCGCAGGAGAGAGAGAGAGAGAGAGAGAGAGAGAAAGAGAGACGCACAAAGGACGUUCAGUGUGGCGUGGCUGUCGAGUGAGGUCAGGUCAGGUCAAGGGAGGUCAGGUCGGGAGUGUGUAUAGGCACUGAUUACGUAUGCGUGUGUGUAUGUGUGUGUGCGUGCGUAUGUGCGUAAGCUGAUCCCGUAUGGUUCCCGAGUUGGUUCCGUAUGAGUCGCGUUGGUGAGGGACACGCAACCUUUAAAUAUAUACAUAAAUAUUAAUGUAUAUAUAGACAGUAUAUAUUUUUUUUAUCUCUGUUCUUUCUGAGUAUUAAGUUUUCCCCCGAACAAGACUGCCAAAUGGUUAGUAAAUGAUCUCUCCCGCAUAUUGUCCUGCACAGAAAAAGCUUUGCCUUCAGUGGGUUAUCAUUAUUUUCACCUUUUUUGUGUAUAUUGUAGCUUGUUAUGGAGAUUGGUGGACUUGUAAUGCAUAAAAUAGAUCAAAAGUAAACAAGUGGAUGAAGUUGAUAAUAAUAAGUAGCAGCCGUCGCUCGGAAAACGAAUCAAACGCAACGGAAACUCUCAUCGGUUAUUUAAGUAAGAAAAAAGUUGUACGCCGAGAGAGUUGUCGGCGUUUAUGAUCACUGCUCUUGUGUUGACGGCUGCCGUAUUGUGGUCAGUCCUCCUGGUCUAGGGCUGAAGAAAAUAUUGAGUGUUAUAAUCUGAAGCUGAAGAAAAUGUAAAUAUAAUCUGUUCUGGCUAAAUCUUGAGUGUUAACAGCUGUCCUCCUCUUCCUUAUUGGCUGAAGAAAAUGUAAAUAUAAUCUGUUCUGGCUAAAUCAUGUGUGUUACCAGCUUUCCUUCUCCUCCUCACUGACUGAAUGUUAUAAUCUGUUCUGGCAAAAUCAUGUGAGUUACCAGCUUUUCUUCUCCUCCUCAUUUACUGAAAAAUAUAUUAGCUGAGUGAUAUAAUCUGUUCUGGCUAAAUCUUGAGUGUUACCAGCUGUUCUCCACUCCGUAACUGUCUGAAAAACAAUAAUUGAAUGAUAUAAUCUGUUCUGGCUAAAUCUUGAGUGUUACCAGCUGUUCUCCACUCCGUAACUGUCUGAAAAACAAUAAUUGAAUGAUAUAAUCUGUUCUGGCUAAAUCUUGAGUGUUACCAGCUUUCCUUCUCCUCCUCACUGACUGAAUGUUAUAAUCUGUUCUGGCAAAAUCAUGUGUGUUACCAGCUUUUCUUCUCCUCAUUUACCGAAAAAUAUAUUAACUGAGUGAUAUAAUCUGUUCUGGCUAAAUCUUGAGUGUUAGCAGCUGUUCUCCACUCCGUAACUGUCUGAAAAACAUAAUAAUUGAAUGAUAUAAUCUGUUCUGGCUAAAUCUUGAGUGUUACCAGCUGGUUGAAAAACAUAAUAAUUGAAUGAUAUAAUCUGUUCUGGCUAACUAUUGAAUGUUAUCAGCUGUUCUUUCCUAGCUGGUUGAAAAACGAUAAUUGAAUGGCAUUAUCUAUUCUGGCUAAAUCAUGAGUUUUACCAGUUCUCUGCUAAUUGGCUGAAAAAAAUGUUAUCAGCUGUUCUCCUUAUGCUGAAGGGCUGAAAAAAUGAUUGGUUGAGUGCUAUAAUCUGUUUUGGCUGAAUCAUGAAACUAAAGGAUUAAGAUAGUAUAUGAUUUAGCUGGUGGGGGAAGGAGAAUUCAAGGCUUGUACAAACUCUGGGCAGCGUUGAGAGGUGUGAAAAAAGAACCUUAAAUACAGUGACCAACCAUGAAAAGACUCUACACAGCUGUUAAAUAUAUGGGUACACUUUCAGACCAGGAAAAGACUACACAGCUGUUAAAUAUAUGGGUACACUUUCAGACCAGGAAAAGACUACACAGCUGUUAAAUAUAUGGGUACACUUUCAGACCAGGAAAAGACUACACAGCUGUUGAAUAUAUGGGUACACUUUCAGACCAGGAGAAGACUACACAGCUGUUAAAUAUAUGGGUACACUUUCAGACCAGGAAAAGACUACACAGCUGUUAAAUAUAUGGGUACACUGUCAGACCCAUAAAAGGAGUACAGUUCAAGAGUAAGGACCUUGAAUAUAAUGACCAAAUAGGAAAAGAAAGCGGCUCAUUUCACUUGACAAGCAGAUUAAUGAAGCAAAAAAGGACCUUGAACCAGCAUUGCCAGAUUAUCUUACUCCAAGCAUUGUAUUUUUCAGUUUCUGGCCCCACAACUAAUGCGAAAAAAUAGAAACACAUCAGUAAUUAAUCAUUUUGACGGUAACUAUUAAUCAAUCUAGCUAUUGGGGUGGAGGAGACAAUUUUGGGGUCGGAAAUCCGUAAAUGUAAUAGGCUGAGGACGACAAUCUGGCAACACUUCCUUGAACAUAAGAACUACACAGCUGUUAGAAUAAAAAUAUGGGCACAGUUACAGACUCUUAAAAGUGGUUCAUUUCACUUGACGGACAGAUUAAUGAAGCUAAGAAGGACCUCGAACAUAAGAACCAACUAAGAAAAGACUUAAAUAAAUGGGUUCACUGAUUGACCUAUAAAAGUGGUUCAGUUCACUUGACGGACAGAUUAAUGAAGCCAAGAAGGACCUUGAACAUAAGAACCAACUAGGAAAAGACUUAAAUAAAUGGGUACACUGACUGACCCAUGAAAGUGGUUCAGUUCACUUGACGGACAGAUUAAUGAAGCUAAGAAUGACCUUGAACAUAGGAACCGACUAGGAAAAGACUUAAAUAAAUGGGUACACUAAUUGACCUAUAAAAGUGGAUCAGUUCACUUGACGAGCAGAUUAAUGCAGCCAAGAAUGACCUCAAACAUAAGAACCAACUAGGAAAAGACUUAAAUAAAUGGGUACACUAAUUGACCUAUAAAAGUGGAUCAGUUCACUUGACGAGCAGAUUAAUGCAGCCAAGAAUGACCUCAAACAUAAGAACCAACUAGGAAAAGACUUAAAUAAAUGGGUUCACUAAUUGACCUAUAAAAGUGGAUCAGUUCACUUGACGGGCAGAUUAACGAAACAAAAAGUACCUUGAACAUAAAAACUAGCCAAGAAGAGACUCUACACAGUUGUUAAAGUUAAAAUUGCUACAGGAACAGUUCCAUAAAAGUGGCUCAGUUCACUUGACAUACACAGAUUCACAUAACCUUCCCUGAUGCAACACUUAACCCAGACAACACAAACCGAGUCACUUAACCGUUGCAACUUAAGUGACGACCUGUUGAGAGGGGUGACUUUUGACCCUCUGUACUGAAGGGCUUGUCUAUGUGUGUGUGUGUGUGUGUGUGUGUGUGGAUGUAUGUAUGUGUGUGAGACUAAGGGAAGGGGUGGGUUUGGGCUGUCCGACAAAAUAGCGCUAUACUCAUAUUGACAUGUAGCGCCCUAAGUAAAGACCGAGACCAAGGCUUAUACAGACCUGAAAUGGACUCUAUGAUACCCCCCUUUGCCCUCCCUCCCUUCCCCACACACACCAAACCAAAGCCCGUAUUCUUAAACGUAGUAUCGACACCUCGGUUGGCCUAUUCGGAAGGCCUCUCGUAGUAGAAGUUGCUGGAAUUUUCAUGGACUGUUUCGUGACCCUAGUGGUAGUUUGACAUGGCUUCUGCAUCUUGAAUGGAAAAAACACUCAUGAAAACCUGGUUAAUUUUCUCUAUGGCCUUGGGGAAUAUUCGUAAUGGGAGCCUGAGACGUUUAAGAAGACAUAGAUACAGUGAUAUGCUGGUGAUAGUACGACUUCUAUGCCAUGAGUGGGAAAAUCACGUCCCAUGAAAACCUGGUUAAUCUCUGUGGCCCCGGAAAUAGUCAUAAUGUGAGCCAGAGAUGUUUAAGAAUACAGAGAUAGAAUGAUGCCGGGGAUUGUUUUACGCAACUUUUACGCCAUGAACGGAAAAAAUCACCCAUGAAAACCCUGUUAAUCUUCUUCUCUGUGGCCUCGGGAAAUGAUCGUAGUAAUGGGACCCGCCCAAAAUGUUUAAGAAUACAAGCUUUUUCUGCCCCUGCUACCCCCCCACAAACACACACACACACACACACACACCACACUAAGGUCGGCCCUGCAGUUUGUUAUCAAUGUUGUUCGUGUUUCACUGGUUCUCCACGCGCACAAAGUCACACAGAGCAGGUCCGCUCCGAGCACUGUACCCGUACCCUAACUAACUAUUAUAGCAUUGCCUGUAUAUAGCGCCUUGUGAUCCCCCCCUCCUGGUGCUCUCCCUCCCCCUCCUCUUCUUACUCCUCCUUCUCCACCUCCUCCAUUUCUUUCCAUUUGUUUUCUUUUUCAUUUCCUUCUUUUCUUUUCAUUUUUCAUUCCCUGUCUCUACCUUUAUCCUGUUUUUUUAGCUGUUUCCUUUUCUUCCUCCUCCUUUUCUUCUUCCUCCUCCUCCUCCUCCUCCUCCCGCCCCUUGCUCAACACAUCAAUGCUAUUAGUUUUCCUUUUCUCUCUAUUUUUCUAUUCUGUUUUUCUGCAUUUUUUCCUUUCUUUCCUUGUUUUUCCCUUUUUCCCCUUGCCUUCCAUUUCCAUUUUUCAUCUCCUUCUCUUCCUUUUCAUUCUUCAUUCCUUUCUUUCCCUUUCAUCCUGUUUUUCUUUAUCCUCUUUACUUCUUUCUAUGUUUUUUCCCUUCUUUCUUUUUCUUUUGCCUCCUAUUCUUCCCUUCUGUUCUAUUUUUCAUUCCCUCUCUCUCUCUCUCUCUCUCUCUCUCUCUCUCUCUCUCUCUCUCUCUCUCUCUCUCUCUCUUUCUCCUUUAUCCUUUUGCCUCUUCUUCUUCUUCCUCUUCCUCUUCUUCAAGGUCUCAGGAGCACUUAACAUUUUCCAUUGUUAGUGUGUGUGUGUGUGUGUGUGUGUGUGUGUGAGGGAGGGAGGGAGAACAUUGCUAUGCUAAUUUAUUUAUAUAUAGAUUUUUUUUUUUUUCUUUCUGGGUUAUCUCUUUCUGUUUUAAUAAUUAUAAUAUCAUCCAUUCCUUUAUACUGAUUAACAUGUGUAUUUUUUCAGUUCCUAUUCUCUCUCUCUCUCUCUCUCUCUCUCUCUCUCUCUCUCUCUCUCUCUCUCUCUCUCUCUCUUUCUUUCUCUCUAUCUCUCUCAUUGAUAUUUUCAGUUCCCAGUCCCUCCCUCUCUCUCUCUCUCUCCUUCUGUCUCUCUCAUCAUAUGUAAAUAGCAAGAUUCUGCAAAGCUCUCAUGCCAAAACUGCUUUCCUUGUGUGUGUGUGUGUGUGUGUGUGUGUGUGUGUGUGUGUGUGUGCGUGGAUGUGCGUUGACUAGAGAAAAAAGUUAUCAGCAGUUUGAAGAUUACUCCGAUUUUUUGUUACUUUUCGUACAUAAUUUUUUGUUUUAAUAUCUUGUUUUUAAUGUCGUCCACAAUUGUUCUUUUUUUUCUGCUGAUGAUGCUGAUUAUGCUGUUGCCAGUGCUAAGCUUGUGUGUGUGUGCAUGUGUGUGUGUUGUAACUUGCCAGAAACUUGGGUAGAGAGAGAGAGAGAGAGAGAGAGAGAGAGAGGCUGCACACAUUACAUUAGGUCAGGUCAUAGGUGGGUGUUUGUAUACAUAGACAGACAGAGAUGAAGGAAGAAAGUAUGGCGUAUAUAAAUAUAUGUAUAGGUAUUAAGUAAGAAAGAACAGUUGCUUGGUUGGCAGUGCUGUACAUAGUCUAAGAGAGAGAGAGAGAGAGAAAGGAAGGAAAAUUAUAAGCAAAACUGAUUACGUAUUUCCUUUAUUUUCCUAUUUAUGCUCUUGAAUUUAGUAGGACAUUAUUUCCCAUCCUAAUCUUCUUAUUUUUAGGCUGGAUAUGUAACGGAACACUUAGAGAUGGAGACAGACACGUUGACUUAGAAUGAGAGAGAGAGAAGAGAGAAGAGAGAAGAGAGAGAGAGAGAGAGAGAGAGAUUGGGUCCUAUUCUUAAACACACACACCACAUAGACAUGAAGACAGACACAUUGAUUUAGCAUGAGAGAGAGAGAGAGAGAGAGAUCGGGUCCUAUUCUAAAACACACACAUAGAAGAUAGAGGUUGAUUCUGGCUAUCCGCUUGUGCUUGCCAAUCUGUAUGUAUGAUUCUGUUCGGUUCUCAUGCCCUUUAUUUUUGUGUGCGUGUGAAUAUAAUAGUGAAUGGUUGUGGUUUGUUUUGGUUUGGUCAUGGCUUGGCUUGUCUUGUCCAAAUGUUAUCACGGGAAAUAUUUUAAAAGUUUUCCCUCGCAAAAAAAUAAAUUAAAAAGAAAAUGCAAGAAUGACGUUUAAAUAUAACUCAGUAAAGACACGCCCAGUUCCUGUUUGUUAUUAUUCACUGUCUUCCUCCUCCUCCUCCUCCUCCUCCUCCUCCUCUUCCAAUGUGAGUGUGGUCAAGAGUUCAGUCUAUGUGUAUGUGUGUAUGUUUGUGUGAUGUGUUAACCAGUGUUGGAACCCUUCGAGAGAGAGAGAACAUUUUUUUAAAGUAUUGCUGCAGCGAUGUUAUUUGUCCAAAGUGUUAAAUCUUAAAAUGCCGAGGUGCAGUCAAUGUUUAUGAGUAAAUUUUCAUAUAAAUCUGGUUCACUAAAUGUUUAUGGAAAAAAAUGGAUAUUCGCUUUAUUAAAUGUAUGAAAAAAUGCCUUCCAAGUUCAUUAAAUGUUUAUUAAAAGAAAUUUGCAUAUAUGGUUCUUUAAAUGCUUAUAAAAUUUUGCAUGUCUGAUUCAUUGGAUGUUUAUAAAAAAAAUUGCAUAUAUCUGGUUCAGUAAAUGUCUAUAGAAAAAAAAGAAUGGAUAUUUGGUUCUUUAUAUGCUUAUAAAAAUUAGCAUAUAUCUGAUGCAUUGAAUGUUUAUAGGCGUUCUUCUAUUUUUCUUAUUAUCAUGUAACGUCCUUUGUUUUCCCUCAAAGGCUUUAUUCUGCAAGACUUACCCUCACAAGGCCCCGAUCUGCAUCCCCUACACUUGUUUUGACAUACCUGUGUUCCGUCAAUGCUCGUAAUGGUCCAAUACAGUAUUGCAGAGUAUACGUGAAGGGUUAAGUUUAAUGUCCUUUUUUUCCCUUGGAGGCUUAUUUUGCAAGACUUACCCUCACCAAGGCCCUGAUCUGCAUCCCCUGCACUUGUUUUGACAUACCUGCGUUCCGUCAGCAAUCAUAAUGGUCUAACACAGUAUUGCAGAGUAUACGUGAAGGGUUAAGUUUAAUGUCCUUUUUUUCCCUCGGAGGCUUAUUCUGCAAGACUUACCCUCACCAAAGCCCCAAUCUGCAUCCCCUGCACUUGUUUUGACGUGCGUGUUCCGUCAGCGCUCUUAAUGGUCCAACACAGUAUUGCAGAGUAUACGUGAAAGGUCGAGUGUGUUGCUGGUAAUUCUGGAAUGACAACACAUCUAUGCGUCCAUUUUUCCUUUGUUUUGUGAGUGUUGCUUUAGAUUCCACUGCAAUUCUCAUCAUUUUGUAUCGAUUUCUUUCUUUAUUUAUUUGCUCUUCGGAUUACAGAAAGCUCGUAGGGAAAGAGAGAAGGUUUGAACACGUAAUUUCCCCAUAAAAAAAAAAACUAUAAUCUAUGUCCUUUUCAAUGUAUUUCUUUAUUCACUCUUUGGAUAUUCACUUUCAUUACAAAAGUCCAUAGCCAUCACACUAGACAGAGUGAAAGCGUGAGAGAGAGAGAGAGAGAGAGAGAGAGAGAGAGAGAGAGAGAAAGGUUAGAACACUUAAUUUCACUUUAAAAAAAACUCUAUAGCCCUUGUCCGAUGUAGGGAUUUAUUUAUUUACUUACACAUUUUUUUUUUCACUUGCAUUACGAAAAGUCCCGUUGUCCAUCGCAAGAGGAGGUCCGAACACUCACCUCCCUAUAAAAAUCACUGUAAUCUAUGUCCUUUUUCUAUGUGUUUAUUUAUUUAUUUACUCUUCGUAUAUUUACUUGAGUUACAAAAGUCCCAUUAUCCAUCGCAAGAGGAGGUCCGAACACUCACUCACUGCCUGUCUGUCCAUUCCGAAGGUGCUCAUUGGGGAAGCUGCUGUGCUACCCCCCAGACAGUCUUGUAUAGCCCCCCUGUAGUGAAGGUUAGCAGGGGAACACACACACAUGCACCCCUGCCCUGCCAGUCCCCUUUAUCUUGUAGCGAGUAAAGGAAAUGAUGUUAGAGUGUGUGUUAGUAUAUUAGACUUUGGUAGAGGAAUAUGCAAGCUCUCCCCUGCCAUUUAUCUUUGUUCUGUAGUGAGUGAAAAAGAAAGGAAGAAUAGUUUAAUGAAAAAUGGAAAAAGGAAGUAAAAAUAAGGGAGUUAGAGAGUGUUAGAAGACUUCGGUAGAGGAAUAUGCAAGCUCUCCCCUGCCGUUUAUCUUUGUUCUGUAGUGAGUGAAAAAGAAAGGAAGAAUUGUAUGAUGAAAAAUGGAAAAAGGAAGUAAAAAUAAAGGAGUUAGAGAGUGUUAGAAGACUUCGGUAGAGGAAUAUGCAAGCUCUCCCCUGCUGUUUCCCUUUGUUGUAUUUUGAAAGAAAGAAAAGCUGAAUGAAAAAUGGAAGAGAAGCAAUAAUAAAGGAGAAAAAGUAAUAGAAAUGUAGUCAAAGAGUUUGGUAGAGGAAUAUGCAAACGCUCCCUCCUGCCAUCUUUCUUUGUCCCAUAGUGAAUGAAAGGAGAAAGACUGAAAAAAUUGAAAAGAAAAAUAGAAGGCUGAAAAAAAGGAAAAGAAAAGCAAUAAUUAAGGAGAAAGAAAGAAAAAGAAAUAUACAUGAGGAAAAGAAGAAAAAUAAAUAGAUAUAGGGGGAGUGAGAGAAAUGAAGGGAUAGAACGGAGAAAUAGAAUAGAUUAUAAAAAAAGGAAAAGAAAAAAGAAAAUAUAACAAAUGAACACACACACAAGUACCCUUUCAAAUCCCUCUUUUUUUGUCCCUAGGGAAAGAAGAAAAUAAAUAAAAUAAAAAAGUGAAGGCAGAUUGGAAACUAUCGAAAGGAGUUAGAGCUUAUCGGAAACUAAAGAAAAAGAAUAAAUUGUAGAAAUAAACAGAAAGAAAGGAAAGAAAGACAAAAUGUGCGAUGAAUGAAAUGCUAUAAUAAAAUGUAAGAGUGCAAGAGGAAAGAGUAGGAGUAAGAAAGAUUGCAAGAGGAUUGAUUAAGUUAUAUGAAUAUGCAGGAGAAAGAGAGAGGAAGAAGACUCGAGAAUACAUUACCAGCGUUGAAUGAAAGAGAAAUUUGCAGGAUGUUGAAUAUUACUACAAGGAGUCUGUUGAAGAGAGUGAAAGAAGACUCGAGAAUGCAUUACCAGCGUUGAAUGAAAGAAACUUGCAGGAUGUUGAAUAUUACUACAAGGAGUCUGUUGAAGAGAGUGAGAGGAAGAAGACUUAAUGCAUUACCAGCGUUGAAUGAAAGAGAAAUUUGCAGGAUGUUGAAUAUUACUACAAGGAGUCUGUUGAAGAGAGUGAAAGAAGACUCGAGAAUGCAUUACCAGCGUUGAAUGAAAGAAAUUUGCAGGAUGUUGAAUAUUACUACAAGGAGUCUGUUGAAGAGAGUGAAAGAAGACUCGAGAAUGAAUUUACCAGCGUUGAAUGAAAGAAACUUGCAGGAUGUUAAAUGUUACUACAAGGUUAUAGAAAGUUGAGUGAGCGGUUGCUGCAGACGCCAGUGAAAGUUAGCUAAGAGAGAAAAAAAUAGAGAGGUUAUAGAAAGUUUGUGAAUAAUACAUCCUGAUGGUGAGCUACAGAAACACAAAGAACAACAACAGAGAAGGAACUGAUUAAAAAAAUGAAGACAAAUGUUAAAAGAAAAAGAAAGAAUAAGGAUGAACUAAAAUGAUCCCUAUUAUCAUAUAGAGAAAAAAGGAACUGAAAAGGGAGAUAAACACAAGAACUACAAAGAAAAUAAGAAAAAUAGAACUGAUAAAAAAUGAAGACAAAUAUUAAAAGAAAAAGAAAGAAUAAGGAUGAACUAAAAUGAUCCCUAUUAUCAUAUAGAGAAAAAGGGAACUGAAAAGGGAGAUAAACAAAAGAACUACAAAGAAAACAAUAAAAAUGGAACUGAAAAAAAAUUAAGGCAUAUUAGAUAAAAAGGAUGGAAGAAUAAGAAUGCACUAAAACGUUCCCUAAUACAGUCAUACCUCGGUUUACAAGUUUAAUUCGUUCCAGAAUUUUCCUUGCAAACAAAAAGCUCGUAAACCAAAAUUAAUGCACACUGUAGCGCUGAAAACACAAAGAUUGCACACCAGAGCACAAACAUAAGCGGACACGAGUGCGUGGGUGCUACCUCUGCGAAUGUACAACACGGACGGAGACUCCAUUCCCCAUUGUUUUCCGCUCUGAGCACUCUCGUCUUGCGGCAAAUGAAGGGAACUCACACUCGCGUCUUCAGCUUGUACAAACAGGAUGCUCGUAAACCAAGGCAUUGUUAGUGAAAUUUUUCUGCUCGUAAAUCAAAACGCUCGUAAAGUAAGGCACUUGUAAACCGAGGUAUUACUGUAUAGAAAAUAAAAGUCAUACAGCUCAAAAAGUAUAAUUCCAGUUUGCAAGAGAGAUAGAAAGAAAGCAUGCAUGGGAGCUUAACAUAGAGACACCAUACACAUUGCAGGUUCUUAUUCAUAUCAACCAUAGACGAAUAGAAGCGAUAGAAGACUCAAGUUGUAAUAGACAGGAGACUAUACAAACUGGUGCACAUCCCCCCCUCACAUCACCCCCUUGCUGUUUAGAAGGUAGAAGCAAAAAAUUAUUAAAGAGAAAAUGCAAGAAUGACGUUUAAAUAUAAGUUAGUAAAGGCACUCCCAGUUCCUGUUUGUUAACAUUCACUGGCUUCCUCCUCCUCCUCCUCCUCCUCCUCCAAUGUAAGUGUGGUUAAGAAUAUGUUUUUUGUGUGUGUGUACGUGUGUUUGUGUGAUGUGUUAACCAGUGUUGGAACCCUUCGAAAUAGAGAGAAUUCAGUUUUGGGUUUGACGUAGAAAGGAUCGAGACUUCUUCUUGGAUGUGUGAGAAUUGUGCGAAAAAGGAGAGAUUAAACUAGACAUGGAACUGAACCAACAAAUAAAGUGAGACUUGAAACUAGAGGAAGGAAUUAAACAUAGAAAGAGGAGUUAGAGGUGACUGGAAACUAAAGAAAGGAAUUAGAGGAUAUUGGAAGAAGCUAUAGAAAAGGACUUAACUAUGCAAAUGAACAGAAAAAUACAAGUAACAGCUGAGUGAAGAUUAAAGAAAGGAAAUGCAAGAGCUUACUUGAAACUAAGGAAAGGAAUUAAACAUAGAAAAAGGAUGGUUAGGUGACUGGAAAGAAAAAGGAAUUAAAUAUUGAAAUAAACAAAAAAAUAAAAGUGACGGCAGAUUGGAAACUAAAGAAAGGAAUUGAACAUAGAAAAAGGAAUGUUAGGUGACUGGAAAAAAAUAAAGAGAAGAGAUUAAACGUGGAAAUAAACAAAAAAUAUGCAAGUGAUGGCAGAUUGGAGCUUAUCGGAAACUAAAGAAAAAUAAAUAAAUUGUACAAAUAAACAUUAAAAAAGAGAAAGUAAGAGCAAAUUCAACACUAGAGAAAGGAAAUGGAAUAUGCAAAUAAACACACACACAAAAAAAGUGAAAACGGACUGAAAAUGAAGAUUGAAAAAAGUAAAACUGAGGAUGGAAAUAAAUGACAAUAACUGGAUAUGAAAACCAACGUUGCCAGAUUGUCAUACUCAGCUUCUCAUACAUACAAAUUUACGACCCAAAACAUGUCUCCUACACCCCAGAAACAAGCUUCACAUAUAGGCAUCGUUAACCCGGUAGCAGCGAUGGGCCAAAUUUGUGGCUUUACCAUGUACCAGCGACAGGCCAAAUUUUUGCAAUGAUAUAGCCUAGACCCCCAAAAAUAAAUGAUGCAUAAACUGAUCACAAAUGCUUUGAUAUAUAUUAUGAAAUGGUUUGCAUGAGUGAUGAUUUUUUUCACAUUUUUCUCGCUUAGAGGGGCCUUUAAGAAACAUGAUCCCCGCAGCUACUGGGUUGAAAUGGUUAAUUAGUGAUGUCUUUCUGCAGUGGUUAUCGGCGUCAAAACCCGCCGGUGAGUACAGUAAUAUGGCAACGGUGAUGAAAACUGUGUGAAAAGAAAUAUUAAAAUUGAAAAGGAAUGAGAAGAGUUUUGAACCUAAAGAAUCGGAACCAAAAAUGCAACUUUACAGGAUACGAAAAUAAUACGAAAGGAAAUAUUUUUAAUCAGAUUAGGAACGGAAAACAAAUCGAAAGAUACUGAAGAAUAUUAACAUGCAAAAAAAUGUAUAUGUAUCCGAAACUAUGAGACGGGACUAUGAGAACUAUAACGAUUAUAUAUAAUGAGGAGAUUGUGUAUGUGAAUGUGCAAAUGUAUGAAUGAGAAGCCAUGUUGAUUGUACUAUAUGAUAAUGAUGAUUGUAUAUGAUGAUGGUGAUGUUGAAGAUGUUUGGAAAAGUGAGAGAAGGAGGAAAAAGAAAGAAAUUACAGGAAGAGAGAGAAAAAUAGACUAAGUUGAUUGUAUAUUUUGACGAUGUUGAUUGUAAAUGUUGAUGUUGAAGAUGUUUGGAAAGGGAAGGAACGAAGGAAGGAA